AUGUCAACGAAAUCCGAAUUACAAUUAAUGUUGAAAAAAUUUGGUUAUGAUCUUAAUCCUUAUACUUCAAAAGAAACUCUUACUAAUUUAUUACGUCUUCAUUCGAAAGCACUUGAAAAAGGAAUUAAUGUUCCUAAAAUGAAUGAUCAUGAACUUCGUUGUUGUUUAAAUGAAUAUAAUAUUACAGCAGGCCCUGUUAUAAAUCAUACCCGUGCAGUCUAUCAACGUAAACUUCUUGAAGCAAUUACCAAUGAAAAUAGUGAAGGAGCUGACGAUGAAGUUGAAGGUAAUGAUGAUGAAUUUCAUACACCACCAAUCCCUGGUGAUGGUAUGGUCACACGAAGUGGAAAAACACUUUUUUUUAACGCACAAUAA